AUGGAUCGGGCUCUGAAAGCUGCGAGAGCCUCUGGUUCUCUCAACCUCUCCAAUCGCUCUCUCAGGGAUGUCCCCGACGAGGUGUACAAAAUUUCUGAUGCUCUCGGCGAGGGCGAGAAAUGGUGGGAGGCGGUUGAGCUCCAAAAGCUGAUCUUGGCUCACAAUGAGAUUGAGUCGUUGAAGGAGGACUUGAGAAAUUUGACCCAGUUGACUGUGCUUAAUCUUAGCAACAACAAGCUUCAAGAGCUUCCCUCUGCCGUAGGAGAGCUUCCUAUGCUUAAAUCUUUGGAUGUGUCGUUCAACUUGAUUACGAGAAUACCUGAAGAAAUCGGAUCGGCGGCUUCGCUCGUCAAGCUGGAUGCUUCUGGAAAUAAGCUUUCAGAACUUCCAAGUUCACUUGGAAGAUGUUCAGAGUUAUCUGAUCUCAAGGUAUCAAACAACUGUCUCAAUAGCUUGCCUGAGGAACUAGCCAGAUGUUCAAAACUAUCAAAACUGGAUGUGGAGGGGAACAAGUUACACAUUUUGUCUGGCAAUCUGGUGGCCUCAUGGACCAAGCUUACAGAACUCAAUGCAUCAAAGAACUUGCUGAGUGGCCUACCAGACAAUUUUGGAAGUCUGUCAAAACUCAUCCGUCUGGAUCUUCAUCAAAACAAAAUUGCUUCAAUCCCACCGUCAAUAGAGGGAUGCUCUUCUCUUGCGGAAUUCUAUAUUGGGAACAACUCCUUGUCUACUUUACCUGAUGAAAUCAGGGCACUUGGUCGCUUAGCCACAUUAGAUCUCCACUCCAACCAGCUGAAGGAGUUUCCUGUUGAGGCUUGCAAGUUACAUCUUUCAGUUCUUGACCUUUCAAAUAAUUCAUUGAGUGGAUUGCCUCCAGAGAUUGGCAAGAUGAACAGUCUGCGGAAAAUUUUGCUUAAUGGGAAUCCAAUACGGACAAUUAGAAGCUCUUUGAUUUCUGGACCUACUCCUGCUUUAUUGAAGUUUCUACGCAGUAGACUUCCACAAAACGGGGAUUCUGAGUCUAGUACUUCAUCAAAGGAGGAUGUAGUUGCUUCUGCUGCGAGAAUGUCCCUUGGUUCAAAGGAUCUCUCUCUGGAAGGGCUGGGUUUAAGUGCUGUUCCGUCAAAAGUAUGGGAAUCAGGUGAAAUUGUAAAACUUGAUCUUUCCAGGAAUUCCAUUCAGGAACUGCCAGUAGAACUUUCCUCGUGUGUCUCUGUACAGACUUUGAUUCUAUCGAAAAACAAGAUUAAGGAGUGGCCGAGUUCAAUUUUGAAAGCACUCUCAAGCCUGACAUGCUUGAAGUUGGAUAACAAUAUACUUGGACCUAUCCCAGCAGAUGGAUUUCAAGCAGUGCCGAUGCUUCAAAUACUAGAUUUAAGUUGUAAUCCAUCAUCCUUAUCCAGGAACCCAGCAUUUUCCAGCUUACGGCAUUUGCAUGAGCUUUAUCUGAGACGUGUACAACUGCGGGAAAUUCCAUCUGAUAUAUUAAGCUUAAAGCAACUAAAGGUCCUACACUUGAGCCAGAAUUCGAUCGAAUCAAUUCCCGAGGAAUUUAAACAUUUUGUUCAGCUCACUGAGUUCGACUUAUCUGACAACAAUAUUUCUGUGCUUCCUCCAGAGCUGGGCUUGCUCGAACCAACUCUACAGGUGUUGAGGCUAGAUGGCAAUCCACUGAGAAGCAUCCGGAGGCCGAUUCUGGAGAGAGGAACUAAAGCUGUUCUCAGUUAUCUGAAGGACAAACUUCCGUCCCAGUAG